AGGGUUUAGUAACUGUAAUAUAUAACGUGCCUUCUUCUGUCUUGUGUUAUUUCAGACCAGUGCGGCCCCCGGAGAGCAGCUCACCACGUCGUCUCCAGGAUUUGCUUCUGGUACCGAGACACAGCGAGCCAGAUUUUGCCAUGUCUGUGCUGAACGCGUUACCUUUUAUGAGGCCAGUCCACAUUCGAUCACCACGCCAGCAGAGACGCCACACGCUUCCCGCCAGUGAAUUCCGCUGUCUUUCCCCCGAAGAUGCAGUCAGCGUGUUUGAGAUAGAAAGAGAGGCCUUCAUUUCAGUAUCCGGGGAAUGUCCCCUCCAUCUGGAUGAAGUUAGACAUUUCUUGACACUUUGCCCGGAGCUGUCGCUUGGCUGGUUUGAAGAGGGACGACUUGUGGCAUUUAUCAUUGGGUCGUUAUGGGAUCAAGACAAGCUCAAUCAGGAUGCCCUUACUCUGCACAAACCGCAUGGAUCAUCCGUUCACAUCCAUGUCCUUGCUGUACACCGCACAUUCCGGCAACAGGGCAAGGGAUCCAUCCUUCUCUGGCGUUACCUCCAGUACCUGCGGUGCCUGCCUUUUGCACGGCGGGCCGUGCUAAUGUGUGAAGAUUUUCUGGUUCCUUUCUACUCCAAGUGUGGCUUCAAGGCUGUGGGUCCGUGUGACAUCACCGUUGGACCCAUGGCCUUCAUCGAGAUGCACUGUCCGGUCAAUGGUCAUGCCUUUAUGCGUAGAAAUAGUGGUUGCUAGCCCCCUAACCUUCCUUCUUGAAUUCAACGUCUUUAACCUCUUUGCUUCUCAAGGGUGGCAGAGCAGUAUGGUUCACACUUGCUGACAAGCAAAGGC